UACAAGAAAAUAAAAUCUUCACAUUGACCCAAAAAGUAACAUAUGGGUAACUGGAGCUUCCAAUACCAUAUCAUCUCUUGUACCAGUCUUUAGCGAAUGAUGUGGGGAAAAAAAUGACAUCACGUUAACUUUUUCUCAUAAUGUCCAACCAACCUUAUUACCAUAAACAAUAAUAUAAUUAAUUAAUUCAAAUAUUAAAAUUAUUGCAUUUUUACAUUAUUUAUUUAUUGUUGGGGGAAGCGCUUUUUCGUCUUUGGUGUGCUGCAGCACUGCACUGGUCACGUAAAUAAUAAACUAGUCCGUGGGUUUCUCAUUGAAACACGACUACAUUUUCAAGCAAAUUACUUAAAAUUUACCGAAAAACUGUACAGUUUGGGGCACCUUUUUUAAUUUCAGUGUGUUCGUGUUGUUGUAGUAAUGCAGCAGGCUUUGUAGUACAAUUUGAUGUGUCAGCGGGGGUCAGGCGGAAGGAUUCUCUUGUAAAUACUGGCAGCGGUGUAGCGAAGAAACCUCGGACUUCUGGGGUUUCGCUCGGUGGAGCACAUCCGGAAUGGAUUUUAGGUUAUUAUGUUUACCUCUCCCGCGAGAAGAGCCGAGGACUUUGUUUUUUUUUCCUGAGGAUAUAUAGCGCCAAUAAUUUUCUCGGUGCGGUUGAAUUAUUCGGGAGAAGUCAGGAGCAGCAUGCUGCUCUCUAAACUGGGCACCCUCUCACACAUGUCGUUCAGCAUGGACCUGCCGGCGAAGCUUCAGCAAGCCAACGCGGAGAAGCAGUCGCUUGAGAAGCAGUACCGGCUGGGUCCGGUUCUCGGCAGUGGGGGAUUCGGUACCGUUUACUCGGCUGUUCGCCUCACUGAUGGUUUGCCGCAGGCUGACACAUUAGGACAUGAGUAUGUCUUGGCUCACAACACGAAUGCUGCAGAGUACAUCAUGAGCCACACAGGAGAUCUGGUGAUGCACAGUCACACAACUCUGUCAUACCAUACCAGCUCAAACAUUGCCCGGAAUAACAAGGUGGGUGUCAGGUGUUGAGGACCUAAGGCACCCUGAUAAGAAGUGGCCUACUGGAACAAGACAGCAUCGGUGGGCAAGAGACAAAAAUAGGACACUGUUGGAAUGCCCCAGCCAAAGGGGUUACAUGAAUAGGAUGAGGGACCUAUGGUAUCUUCGAUACCCAGCAUCAACAUUGACAGCGAAACAACUAGUAGCUCAGUGUUCCAAUAUUCAGAAGAAGAGGUUGCUCUCACGGCUAGAGAUUGAUGAGGUACAAAACAUAUGCUACGGCAAGGGGGAGCCAGGAUGACAGGUCAGAGGGGAUAUAUCAUCAUCCCAACUCAAAAUUGGGUAUCAAGCUGCAAGUGCGAUGGAAGAAGGAAUGUUGAAUGCAAGAGGAACUGACCCGAAAGGUAGGAUCAUGGUGAAGCUUGAAACCUGGAUCCUCUGUAGCCGGUUACCAAGAUUACAUGAAGUACCCUCAGAAGAUCUAUUAGAUGAUGUGAAUGCAGCACUACGGACAAUACCUACCGCCACCAUUACUGAGACUAACCAGCUGAUCUACACCACUGUUGCAGUGAUCAGUGAGAUGCUUGGCUAUAAGUUGAACAGCCACAAGGACCAAUACCCUCCAUGGAGAAGUAGACCAGAGGCCAAGAUCAAGGUAGCAUGGAGGGAGGUUAGCCAACUAUUGGAGCUGCAGAAAGGUGCAAUGAAGAAGGUGCCUAAGAAGUACAGCAAGCUGUCCAUACCUGAGGCCUUGGAAACUGCCAAGAAAAGACUCACAGUCUUGGCCAGCCACUUGAAGAGAUGCACAAGAGAGAUAGAAGGCAGGAGAAUAAAUUAGCUGUUCUCCAUGAAACCAACCAAAGUGUACUCUCAGUGGCAGGGAAAGAAUAUGAGAACGGCACCACCAAGGCUGGAGACUGAGCAAUACUGGAAGUGCAUCUGGGAGAGGGACGCAACCCAUAACGGCAAUGCUUAAUGGCUAGUGGAUCUGAGAGC